GGGUUGUAGUUCUCGCGUUACCCCCCAGCCAAUAGCAGUGCUACUUCGCCAGACUGAUACACCCCUUUGGCUACGGCUAUAUUGGUGAGUUCCCGGGUGUGGGCAGCGCUUCCGGCCUCGACGCUUUCAGUGAGUCUGUGUGACCGGCGUGUGUUGGGCGCUGAGCGAAGUGACCUAUUAGCACUUUCAUUAACUCUCACCGUCAUGGCUGAACCAGAAGAAAGGAGUCUGGACGACUUUUUCGCGAAGAGAGACAAAAAGAAGAAGAAAGAUAAAGGAGGGUCUGGCAGUGCGGCGGGAAGUCGUGGGCCAGCAAGGCCGUCUGACGGGGCAACUUCAUCCUCUUUAUCUUCCUAUGUGUCCGCAGCAGGGAAAGGCGUAAAGAAGGAAAAGUCUGGCAAGAGCGAGAACCCGGAUCAACUACAAGAAAAAGAAGAAGACGAAUGGAAAGAAUUUGAGCAGAAAGAAGUUGAUUACUCUGGCCUUAGGCUUCAGUCUUUACAAAUAAGCAGCAAUGAAAAAGAAGAUGAUGAAAAUGAAAAUAAGGAAGAACAAGGAGCGGACUGGGAAGAAAGUGGAGGUUUUGGCUCUGACAAGUCAUCUGGUCCUUGGAAUAAAACGGCUCAGGCCCAGGCUCCCAUAAGUGCUGUUGAAGAAGCGCCAGAGCCUGUCCAUACUGGUGGUGUAUAUCGACCUCCUGGGGCCAGAGCCUCUGUGACAACACGAAAACCACAGGGUCCACCCGAAAUUUAUAGUGAUACACAGUUUCCAUCGCUUCAAGCCACUGCCAAACACACAGAGUCCCGCAGGGAAAAAGAAAUGGAGAAGACUUUUGAAAUAGUAAAGCAUAAAAAUCGCGCAAGUAACGAAGCAGCCAAGAACCCAGCCCUCCGACUCCAGUUAGACAACCAGUAUGCGGUUUUAGGCGAACAAUAAAAUGGCAAAUACAAAUUUAUUGUAUUUUAUAAAUAUAUAUAUAUUUUUUUUUUUUUUACCCACACACCAAGGUAAUCAAACUACAGCUCUCAACGUGUGAACAUAAACUUGUUUGAACUAUUCCAGUAUCCUGCGUAUGAACUCAAUGAAAAAUGAUUGGAAUAUUAAAACAACGCAACCCUUUAGGUCCCCCCCCCAAGUCUGGGAACAGGUGCCUCGCAAGGCUCUGAGAACUGUACAUGAAUUCCCAACGUUUUGUAAACCUAACCCAUCAAAGAAGAGAACUGAAAAAUUCAGCAUUAAGUGGUCAUUAUCAAAAUCUUUUUAUUCUGAGCCUUGACUAAGGUUGACUACCUCAGAUAUGCUGUGCUUAAUGCGGACACCACAUGGAUUGCAAGCUCUUUGGGAAAAGUCAGCUCUUCAGAUUGUUGUCUGCUUUCCGUGUCAAUGAUUUAAGUGACCUUAAAGGGAUUAUUAGUAUAAGUACCAUUACAAUCUUUACAGUUUUUAUAUGGGUCUCUAAAGAAAUUCAGAACCUUGUGGAUGUAGUUUGUUACCCUUUUAAAGGGCAAAACUCAUCAGAUUUGGCAAAAGAAGGUUUCAUUGUCUAAUUGGCUUGCUUCCUGCUGUUAACUCUUAACAAUAUCGGUUGCCUACUCCAGACUAUUUUCUGUCAUCUUUAAAUAUUCAAUCUGCUAGAGCCACUGGGGCAAUAAAGCUGUUCUAUUGAUACCUUGUCUAAUGGGUAAAAGGAAAUUGCAGUGUGUUUUGUGCACCAUAGGAGUACUUUGUAAUGCAUCAUCUGCUGUCAAUCAGGUUAUUCUGCUUGUUGAUGGUAAUUAGAUGCCAAUUAUUUAAUAUGGAAAGUUUAAAAGUAGGUUGGAGCCGGGUGCACACACAGCAGCAGUCAUUUAAAGCUCCACCCAAAAAUAUAUUCCACCCACAGGUUAUUCAAACCGAAUUAAAUGCAGUUGCAGCUCAUUCUGUUGGAGCUCUAGACCUGCCGCUUUAUACUGGCCUUGCUAUAAUACAAGUGUAUAGAAAUCCCUGCUCGGUGUAUUCUAAUAAAGUAAUGUAUAGAUUCUGCUUCUCCAACCAUUAGUGCUGCAGAUACCAUGGGUUAAAAGGCUGCCUUUUCUUUUUCUAUUAUGCUUCAUGCACUGGAUCAUCUGUGAAAGACUUUUAACCGACUAAAAGCAGCGGCAGCAUUAGCAGGUCUCCGAACCUAUCUUUGAAUCAGGUGCAUGAACAGCACAGGGAUGCCUUCUCUUCUCAUAGAACUGCACCAAGUGGAAGUAUAACGGCGAGGGCUGAACCUGCUCUUUCUAACUUAAUAUUCCUCUGGUCUGGAACUCCAUCAGUCAGGGGCAUUUUAAACUUUUUUUUUCUCUUCAGUGACAACCAAUUUAUAUUUCAAUUCUGGUAACACUUUUACAAAAGGUUAUAUACUUACAAACAUGUGACUUGAGGCUUAUCUUUCUGUGUGAGGGGUUAAUAGACUGUCCAUUGUGGGAUUCUCAGACUUGACAUACAUUCAUGUGACAUUAAUAAACAGAAUUAAAAUUGAACUCUC